CUGACAGGCGGGUUCCGACUCUGUCCUGCCGUUUUCUGCCUCCGGGCUGAACUUAAACAUGUUUUUACUUCUUUUUCUCGUAGUUUCUGUGAGCGGAAGUCCCGGACCCUUAGUGGACGUAGUCGUCGACCGGUACGAGAUCCCGAAAGUUUGUCCCCGAGAGGUUCAGACCGAAGACUUUAUCCGGUAUCACUUUAACGGAACCUUCCACGAAGACGGUAAAAAGUUUGACUCCAGCCAUGACCGAGGCAAAGCCUUCAUCAGCCAGGUGGGCCUGGGCCGACUCAUCACGGGGAUGGACCGAGGUCUUCAGGGGAUGUGUGUCAACGAGCGCCGGAGGAUCAUCGUCCCUCCACACCUGGCCUACGGAAGCAUCGGGACAGGUGGCGUGAUUCCUCCCGACACGGUGCUGGUGUACGACGUCCUCCUGCUGGACAUCUGGAACGAGGAAGACAAGGUCCAGAUCCGGACGCUCAGCAGACCUGCGGGCUGCAACCGAACCACGGCCGCCUCAGAUUUUAUCCGUUACCACUACAACGGCACGCUGCUGUCCGGUCAAGCUUUUGAUUCCAGUUACUCGAAGAACGCGACCUACGACACCUACCUGGGGCAGGGCGACCUCAUCAAAGGCAUGGACGAGGGUCUUCUGGGCAUGUGUGUCGGAGAGAGACGGGUCGUCAUCGUCCCGCCCUUCCUGGCUUACGGAGAGAGCGGCUAUGGGACUCAGGUUCCUCCUCAGGCUACGCUGGUGUUCGAGGUGCUGCUGGUGGAUGUUUUUAACCCCAAAGACGAUGUGAUUGUGGAGGUGAAGGAGGUUCCCGAAGGCUGCAGCCGCCGGACGGUGAAAGGAGAUUACAUCCGCUACCACUACAACGGCACCUUCCAGGACGGCACGGCCUUCGACUCGAGCUACCAGCGAAACAGCACCUACAACACCUACGUCGGGAUGGGAUACGUGAUCCGAGGGAUGGACAAAGCCCUGCAGGGUUUGUGCAUCGGAGAGAAACGGAGGAUCACCGUCCCUCCUCACAUGGCCUACGGUGAAGACGGAGUUGGAGACAUGAUUCCAGGCUCGGCCGUGCUCAUCUUCGACAUUCACGUCAUCGAUUUCCACAACCCCAAAGAUCCGGUCGACAUCAAAGUCACCCACAAGCCUCAGGAAUGCGACGCGACCAGUGAAGCCGACGACUUGAUCCAAUACCGUUACAAUUGCUCGCUGAUGGACGGCACCCUGCUGUACUCCUCGGAUCAGUUCAACUCGCCUUCUGUCACCACUCUGGGAGCAGAUAAGGUGAUUCUGGGUCUGGAGGAAGGUUUGAAAGGGAUGUGCGUCGGAGAAAGGAGGGAAGUGGUCGUCCCUCCACACUGGGGACACGGGGAGGAUGGAGCUGGAGGAGUUCCCAAGAGUGCAGUGCUCUUCUUUGAGCUGGAGUUAGUGGAGCUGCAGAAAGGUGUGCCUGAAGGCUACAUGUUUGUGUGGCUUGGGGACGGACCCGACCCUCUUUUUCCUGCUAUGGACCUAAAUGGAGACAAAGAAGUCCCUCUAGAGGAGUUUUCCAACUUCCUCCGGCUCCAAGUUAAAGAGGGAAAAGGUCGACUUCGGCCAGGAGUCGACGCCGACAGCAUCAUUAAGGACAUGUUUAAUAACCAGGACCGGAACAAAGAUGGAAAGAUCCUAGAACAUGAACUGAAUGACCAACAAGAGAGACGAGACGAGUUGUAAAGGAGACGCACGUAUCUCAGAGAUGGUAAAUAUCAACUGUUGUGCAGCUAUUCUGAAACCGCUUCAGAAGUUGUUGGGCCUUUAUUUAAGGCAGCCAGUUUGCUGAAAUUGUUGCUAUCAUACACCAGCAGGCAUUUUGGCUCGUUAUAGUAGGAAAAACACUUUUUUUUUUACUACCUAACAUCAACAAAUGGCUUCUUUACGUUUUAAGAGUGAGCCAGCAUUAACAAGACCCUGAAACCAAAGCAGCUAAAUGGAACUCAACCAUCUUUUAAGUUUAUUGUUUACACCAAUGUUUUUCCUGCUGUGACAUGUCAAAUUGUGAAAAUGCACUAAGUCAGUGGAAGUAUCCAUCUUCAGCGUGAGAUCAGUACACUGUCCACAGGAAGGUGUUUGAAAAUGUGAAAGAGAAAAACGGUCUGUUCUGUUGAAAAAGGUCCAUUUACAUCAAAUUAUGCUCCAAAGAAUUUGGGCUGGGCCUUUAAUCCAGAAUGUUCUAUGUAUACUGAGCAGCCACAACAUUAAAACCACCUGAUUAACAAUGUGUAGGUUCCUCUUUGGGUUCUGUGUUGGUUGGAGUCAUUCUUUAAGACAAAAAGUGCAAAUUCUCUCUUUCUGGUUUCUUUCCUCAUCGGUAUGCACAAAACAUUUGUCAUCCUGAGGUUUGGGUAACACCACAUUUUCCACCAUUUUAUAGAGCAAACUAAUGGUUUAAUUAAGAAAACACUCAACUAAAAAUAAUCAGGAGUUGCAGCCUAAACUGAGAAUCCAGAUUCCAAACCUGACUCUUCAAAAUAAGAGCCCGCAAAGACGAUCGAUAUGAAUCUCUUCACCUGGCAGUGGUUUUAAUGUUGUGUCUGAUCGACGUAUAAACAAAUCAGAUGAGAUGCUACAUGGCUCUUCCCCUUCAUAUAUAAAUGACUUAAAACCA